CGUUGCAUAGACUCCCAGGUGCGGAGAUUUCUCCUCUUUUUGCUAUUUUACGCGCGCUUUCCAGUUUGAUGCCCAGUUUUGGUUUUUCUGGCCUGUCAUUACUAUGCUCCCUUUUUUCCACUUUUUUUGCGUUGGUCGUGGGCAGGCCGUCCGCGGGUGCAGGAUCGUGCUUCACUUUUUGUCACCAGUCACUUUUGUCCCGGGGACCUGGGUCGAACUAUCGGCGCGCCCCCUUCAAUCCCCCAUCUCGAACACAAUGCCAGUUCCAGCAGAAGGGCCAUGCUCCUUUUUGGCGGACUGGGGGGUGUGGAAAUCCACCAUGAUCAUGAACAGGUCCUGAUCCUGUGACUUCCCUCGGACGAUCGAUCCACCUUGAAAAAGCUCCCACAGGCGCUGGCAGUUCCGGGUGAAACAGGCCGCGCCAAGUGGCUGGCGCUAAGGUGAUGGAAUCCGUCAAUCAUGGCUGCAAUCUUGCUUGAGUGCCAAAUUGGGAUCCGCAGCCCGAUUUGCGCACCACUCAUUGGCUGCUUAUCUAAGCUGCCUGCCUGGCUGCCUGGCCCGUGCCCCUUCCAUGCUUCCCUGCCGUCACGUGCUCUCCACUCC